AUGGCUGUCAACCGGCUGCGCAGCGUCCUCACGGCGCCUCGCAAGGGCGAGACGUACGAGCUGCGCGCCGGGUUGGUGUCACAGUAUGCUUGGGAGCGGAAAGAGUCAAUACAGAAGACCAUCAUGUCAAUGACCCUCGGCAAGGACGUAUCAGCACUCUUCCCGGACGUCCUGAAGAACAUUGCCACACCGGAUCUGGAUCAGAAGAAGCUGGUGUAUCUGUACCUCAUGAACUACGCAAAGUCGCACCCCGACCUGUGCAUAUUGGCCGUCAAUACCUUCGUCCAAGACUCAGAGGAUCCCAACCCGCUCGUCAGAGCGUUAGCAAUUAGAACGAUGGGCUGCAUUCGAGUGGAUAAGAUGGUGGACUACAUGGAAGAGCCGUUACGGAAGACGCUGAAAGACGAGUCACCGUAUGUACGGAAGACGGCAGCGCUGUGCGUGGCGAAGCUCUUCGACUUGAACCCGAGCUUGUGCAUUGAGAACGGGUUCCUCGAAACAUUGCAGGAGAUGCUUGCCGACUCUAACCCGAUGGUUGUUGCCAACUGUGUCAGCGCCCUUGCCGAGAUCCACGAGACUGCGCCGGAGACGAGAGCCUUGGUCGUCACUAGCUCUAUGCUGAAGAGACUGUUGCUGGCUCUCAGUGAGUGCACGGAAUGGGGCAGGAUUACGAUCUUGACCGCUCUAGCAGACUUCCGGCCAACGGACACGAAGGAGGCCGAGCACAUCUGCGAGCGUGUGAGCCCGCAAUUCCAGCAUGUCAAUCCGUCCGUCGUCUUGGCCGCCGUCAAGGUCGUGUUCUUGCACAUGCAGUACAUCGAGAACCAACAAUUACACGCGACGUAUCUGAAGAAGAUGUCACCGCCCCUCGUUACGCUCGUGUCAUCACAACCAGAAGUGCAAUACGUGGCUUUACGGAACAUCGACCUGCUAUUACAAAAACAACCGAAUAUCCUUGAGAAGGAAAUGCGAGUCUUCUUCUGCAAGUACAACGACCCGCCGUACCUGAAGCUCACCAAGCUGGAGAUUAUGGUGCGAAUAGCCAGCCCUUCCAACGCCGACCAAUUACUGGCUGAGCUGAAGGAGUACGCUCUGGAAGUCGAUAUGGACUUUGUACGGAGGGCGGUCCGCGCCAUCGGUCAAGUGGCAAUCAAGAUCGAAGAGUCUGCGGAGAAGGCGGUCAAUGUGCUGCUGGAGCUAAUCAACACGAAGGUCGGCUAUGUCGUGCAGGAAGUCAUCGUCGUCAUCAAAGACAUCUUCAGGCGGUAUCCGGGUUACGAGGGCAUUAUUCCGACGUUGUGUCAAUGCAUUGACGAUUUGGACGAGCCCAAUGCGCGAGGUAGCUUGAUUUGGAUCGUUGGCGAGUACGCGGAGAAGAUAUCGAAUGCGGGCGAAAUCUUGGCUGGGUUUGUAGAGGGCUUCAAUGAGGAGUUCACUCAGCAGACACAACUACAAAUUCUUACAGCAGUGGUAAAGCUUUUCUUGAAGCAGCCAGACCAAUCGCAAGGUCUUGUACAGAAAGUGCUUCAAGCCGCAACAGCAGAGAACGAUAACCCAGAUAUUCGAGAUCGAGCGUACGUCUACUGGCGCUUGCUAUCCUCUGACCCACAAAUAGCGAAAAAUAUCGUGCUCUCAGCCCGGCCGCAGAUAACAUCGACCAUCCCUGUGCUGCCAGGACCUUUACUCGACGCUCUGCUUCCGAAUCUCUCAACGCUUGCUUCUGUGUACCAAAAGCCGCCCCAGACCUUCCUCGGCAAAGGCAGAAGCAGCGCACUGCAAGCUGCAGCCAUCGAAGAGGCUGCAGAGAACGCUCGCGAGAAUCCCAUCGCUGCAGCUGCCGUUUCCGCCGCAGUGGCAGGAAGCACCACUCAACAGAUUCAGAACAACGCUGAGAACCUGCUCGACAUUGAUUUCGAUGGUGCAGCACCCGCGAGCAUGCAGAAAGCGCCACUGGCCGGUGAUUCUGGGCUUGAGGGAUUGGCAGGGACGCCGCAGAGGGUGGCGAGCCCAAUGUCUGCCGGUGCUGCGACGAACGGAGGUGGGAUGGAUGAUUUGAUGGGUAUGUUUGGGAACAGUAAUGGUGCACCGCCUAAUCCGAUGAAUGGUGGUGGUGGGAGCGACGACUUGAUGAAUGGGUUUGCGGGGCUUAGUAUGAAUGGCGGACAGCCGCCGCCGCCGCCGACUCAGUUGGAUGGCAGUGGGGAUAGGAAGACGAAGGAGGACCUGUUGGGACUGUUCUGA